UCUUGUCUAUUGUAUGUUUUAGUACAUGAACCCAGAAAGAUUAUCCCUGAUCCGCUAAUGGUUACCUUCAUUAAUUAGAUGAACUAACAUGCAACAUUGUUCCUGUUUCUAAUGUAAUAUGGUUCCUGUUUCACCAGUCACCUGCUGAUCACAGCGACCCACAUGUACUGUCUGAGGGAGAUCGCGUCCAGGAAGGGUUUUGCCUAUAUCCAGUCCAGACAGGCCCUCAACAGCGUGGUCAAGAUCACCUCCAAGAAGAAACACCCAGAACUCAUCACCUUCAAGUUCGGCAACAGCAACACUGCUGGAAUAGAGAUUUCUGCUGUGGAGAGGUAUCUAAUCCCCAACGCGGGCGACGCAACCAAGGCCAUCAAACAGCAGAUCAUGAAGGUUCUGGAUGCCCUGGAGAGUUCCUAGAGACAGACAGAGAUACAUGAGAGCCCCCCCAGCUGGCCGGAAGGGGAACUGCAGGGAGGGAAGACGUCUGUGUGUCUGUCAGCUGAGGGCAGGGUGCUCUCUCUUUCUAUUUAUAUAUAUCUCUCCCUUUCUCUCUGUCCUCCUCCUCUUUCCAGCCAGGCGAGGACCAGGACAGAUCCAGUGUUGACUGACUGUUAA